GGUGCCAUCUUGCCCACCCAGGCCCAGCUGAAUCCUCGGGCCAGGCCAGGCCGGCUCACAGCCAACAACGCGCGCAGCUAAAAAGACAGCUGCGUUAGCUUGGGGGAUGGUUGGUUUCCGGGAGCUGUUGAAAGGCCUUGAGGCUUUGCUCUGUGACUGGAUGGGUCUCCUCGGAUGAAGCUGUUCUGCUGAGCGUUUAACGACAGGGCCGGAGCAUCCUUCAAGGAUUGGCGUUGAAAGAAAGGGGAGAAGAAUACAAAAGGCCCAGUCCCGGUGAGAAGAAAUGGCUGAAGCACAAGAGAUGAAGCCAACCGGGUCUCCGCUAAAGCAGGACAUGGAGCCAGAAAUAAAAAUGGAGGAACAAGACUCAUCAGACUCUGAACCGGGAGAGAUAAGGGAGGGGGCGGUUCUUCCCAAAAUUGAGAAGGGCAGUGAGGAAACUGGACAAAAAGUGAAACAGGAGCCCGAGGAAGGACCAUCAGGGAACUGGGACGCUCAGUUGCAGGAGUUCCUGAGGACCCUCCAGGCUCCUAGUUUGGGAGGUGAAAACCCACAACUGUCUGAGCAAGGGCAGUGGAUUGACACUAAAACCGCUCAAGGGCCCUCCCAGGAAGCAACGCCCAGAGGAUUGUGGGUUUCCCAACUCCAGCCCCAUCUCAUCGGGGAAGAUGGACAGGAGCACAAGAUAGAUCUGGAGGCUACAGACGGCGGGAACGGGAAGGUGGGAGUUUUCGCGGGAGGUGCCGCCAAGGCAGAGAUGCAGCGCCAGCACUUCCGGACGCUGCGUUACCAGGAGGCCGACGGGCCACACGAGCACUGCAGGCAGCUCCAGGAGCUCUGCCGCCAGUGGCUGAGGCCGGAGACGCGCACCAAGGAGCAGAUUGUGGAACUGGUGACCCUGGAGCAGUUCCAGGCCACUCUGCCGCUGGAGAUGCGGAACUGGCUCCGGGAAAGCGGCCCGGAGACCUGCGUCCGGGCUGUGAGCCUGGCCAAGGAUUUUCUCGUCUGGCAGCAAGAGGCCAAAGGCUGGGAGCAGCGGAUCACAGGGGCGUCGGAGGAAGCAUUUACAAAUCCCCCCAGUGCAAACCAGGCUCUGCCGGACCAGGUGAAGACACAGCUUUCCGCAGAAGCUGAGCAGGAGGGUGGUGGAAAUGCGAGCGUUUUAGCUGGUGAUCAGGGGCUGAGCGAAAACGAGGAACAGAAACCCUUCCUGGAGAGUCCUGAGCAGGUGAGGGUGCUGUUGAAAGCCGACAGAGGGAAAGCUGUUCUGCACCGGAGGGAAGCUGAUGAGAACCGACCCAGCCGAAGCACGCAUUUUGCUACGCACGAGAGCACCACCGCAAAGGAGAUGGCAUACAAGUGUUGGCACUGUGGACAAAGAUUCAGCAGCAGCACGGACCUUCUAGUACAUGAGAGAACCCACGUGGGCGAGAAAAUGUAUAAAUGUUCCCUCUGCGGAGAAAGGGAGAGAAUGCUCAUAGGGCAGAAGCCGCAUAAAUGCUCACACUGUGGGAACACCUUAGGCUGGAAUCCUCAAGGACGGAUCCAGCCCGGACAGAAACCGUACUCCUGUUCUGAAUGCGGGAAAGAGUACUUGCAAAUAUCAGACUUCCUUAAUCACCAGAGAAUCCACAAACGAAAGAACCCUUACAAAUGCUCAAAGUGUGGGGAGAACUUUGGGACCUACACAGUUCUCAAAGCGCAUCGGAGAACUCACGCAGGGGAGAACCAAUACAAAUGUUCGCACUGCGGGAUGCGUUUUAAUUGGAGCUCACACUUACGAUCCCACGAGAGAAUCCACGUGGCUGUGUGCUCAUUUUGUGGGAAAAGCUUCAGCCAGAAAUCAGAACUUGUGGAACACGAGAGGACCCACGCGCCGGAGGAGUCCUUUGCGUGUUUUGCCUGUGGAAAAACCUUUGAAGUCAGUUCCGAACUCGCUGCUCAUGUGCGAACGUAUGCAGAGACGCCGUUGAAGUGCUCAGUCUCUGGGAAAUCCUUCCGGUGCUCAGAGUGUGGGGAUAGCUUUAACCACAGCUCAGCACUCAUAGUACACCGGAGAAUUCACACAGGUAAGAAGUCAUAGGAAUCCUUGCACUGUAGUAAAUUGGCGCUUUAACUUAAUAACACACGAGAGAAUCCAUACAGCGGUGUGCUCCUACUGCGGGAAAGAGUUUUGCCUGUGGGAAAACCUUUGAAGCCAGUUUGGAACUGAAUUCGGGAAACCUUCAGGAAAAGUCUGCAACACAUUGUGCAUCAGAAAGUCCAUUCAGGAGGUCGAGAUGAUAUAUUGGGAUGUUCAACCCACAGGCUGCAUGCAGGGCCCCAAGGUGUUAUUUGCAGCUCCUGGAACCCCACACCACCACUGCUGAAAUUACCACCCAAUUUUCUGCCGAGGAAGCUCUAGGGAUCAGCACUCAGAGGGCGUGCUCCAAGUAGGAUGAUCUAGGAAUCAUCACUCAAGAGGGCCAGCUUCUGGAAGGAUGACCUAGGAAUCGGCGGUCAGAGGGCCUGCUUCCAGGAGGACACUCUAGGAAUCCGCACUCAGAGGGCCUGCUUCUAGGAUGACGCUCUAGGAAUUUUCAAACCCCAAUAUUGUGUAGGAACUGAAUUGGAAGCUGCGGGGUGCAGAAAGGCAAUUUUUUUUUCCUCAGAAGACAGACACAGGAAAACAUCUGCCAUGGCAAAAAAGUUCAAGCCCACAUAACUACCUAUUGUCACCUCAGUGAGGUUUAAGACAAUCACUAACAGGGCCUCCUGUAUGCAUCACAUGGAGCUGUAAAAGGUCGGCCACUGACUGUGGCUGAAGAUGCUACGGCAAAACCCACUUCUUUUCCCCUCCCCUCAUGCAAGAAAGGAGAAAGAUAUCCCAGGGUUCAGAAUCACCACUCAAAAACCAUUUUCCUCUCCUUCCUCCCUGUUCCCUCCCCCACCCCACCCUCUCCAUGAUUAGCACACUCAUGCUCGCAGACAUAUAUUUUUCUCUGUGGUAUUUUGGGCUGGCAUUUGCCUCCCUCUUUAAGGGCUAAUUUCCAUUUUAAUGCUAAAUGUUGUUUUAUGCUUAGCGUUGGAAUUAAAACUGUAUUAAAAUUCUUAUUUUUGUGAACUGCCCAGAGAGCUUCAGCUACUGGGCGGUAUAGAAAUGCAAUAAAUAAAUGUCAUAACUUUCUCUCUCUCUCUCUCUCUCUCUCUCUCAUACACAUACACACACACCCUACAUACAUUAUUUUCUGUGCAUCUUAUUGUAUCUAGCUGUACCAAUUUUUAAAACCUUUAAAUGCUUUUAACCAUAGGUGUGCGCAAGGGGUGUGCAGGGUGUGCCCAGGCACACCCUAAUGUCUCAAGCAGUAAGCACUGAAUUGAGGGGACCAUUGAGGGGGGAUCCAGACUCAGUGGAAAAGGUCCUCCGGCUGCACCACUACAACACUGAAGAACUGCUGCCUCCGGGAGAGCACCUUCGCUCCCGGUAGCAGAAGUGAAAAGGAAUCGCUCUGCUGGGACCCUCUUUGGCAGAAGCUGUGCUUCAAAGAGGCCAGGAGGAGGGCCCCCAAAGGCUAAUAUUGCCUCGUAAGCCCUUCCCCCGGCUAGUGUCACCACAAAUGAACUCUGGACACCAACGCUGAGACUUGAGGAGUGUCUCCUCUUUCCCCGUCCCCACUUGUAACAGCCCUGUGGUCAGGCAAGCCAUACGUGGAGUACGUCAUCAGUGUCUACAGCGUUUAAUAAAUAAAUGAAUAAAAAUAAUGUCCUUUGUGAUUGAGUAUUCAAUAAAUGUUUGCCUUUUUUAAAAAAAAAAAUCUCUGGGUGCACACCCUAAUGAAAUGCGC